AAACUUUAAAAAAUUUCGAAAUUUAAUUCAGGCAUUUAUCUUAGUCAAUUAGUAUGAACUAUGGUUACUAUGAUUUGCAACUUUAAAAAAAUAUGUCAACUUCCGAAUUAAUGUAACAUAAUUUAAAAGAAAUGUAUUCAGCCGAACAAUGCGACAUUCUAAUCAAGGCCGAAAGGAGACAGUGUGUAAAUAAACAACAUUUAACAAAUUCGAAACCCCCCGCUACCUAUCUUCGGCACGCGCAUGCGCUGCGAGCCGGCCGGCCGGUGAUGGGGCCCGAUAGAGACAAUUCCGCGCCGCACUCCGUCAGAGAUGGCCACGUCAGUGCUAACUUCCAAGAUGGACAACCUGAGGAUCGUCGGGGACGACAGGACGAGGAAGGCGCGGGAGACCGGCGAAGACAUCGCCAUCCUGUCCACCUUCCUGCCCCCGUCCUUAGUGGGGCAGACCCCCUCCAGCCAGCGGCCCUUCGAGUGCGCCCUCGGCAAGGAGUGUCGCCUCGGCGAUGUCAAGCUCGCCAAGCCAGGUACAAAGAAGAUGGAAUACAAGACUAGACAGUGGCAUGAGCAAUGCUUCUGCUGCUGUGUAUGCAAGACAGCAAUUGGAACUAAGAGCUUCAUCCCUAGGGAACAAGAAAUUUAUUGUGCAACUUGCUAUGAAGAGAAAUUUGCCACUCGCUGUGUUAAGUGCAAUAAGAUCAUUACUAGUGGUGGCGUGACAUACAAAAACGAGCCAUGGCACAGAGAAUGCUUUACAUGCACCAACUGCAGUACAUCCCUCGCUGGCCAGCGCUUUACAUCUAGAGACGAGAAGCCAUAUUGCGCAGAAUGUUUUGGAGAACUAUUCGCUAAGAGAUGCACAGCAUGCUGCAAACCUAUAACUGGUAUUGGUGGAACACGAUUCAUUUCUUUCGAAGAUCGACACUGGCAUAACGACUGCUUCAUCUGCGCUUCUUGCAGAUCAUCCCUUGUCGGACGAGGUUUCAUUACUGACGCAGAGGAUAUCCUGUGCACAGAAUGCGCCAAGCAGAAACUUAUGUAAAGACCAUCGAAACUGCCCAGUUUAGCUUCUAAUCACUUGCUAUGUCUUCCCUCUCCCUGAUUCUUUUCUCUUCUCUCUAUUACUCUAUUCUUUAAUUUCUUAAGGUCCUUUAAUUGUAGGUAUUUAUUUCUGAUUAUUAUUUCUUACAUUUCCUUUUUAUUAUACCAUUGCUUCAGCUUAAUAAGUGUUUUAAAGGAAUAGAAAUGUUUUGUAUGAGGAAAAAGAGAUUGUAUUUUAUUUGGUAUAGUUAGCGCUUUAAGCCUACCAGAACACAAGUUAGCUGAUUCGGGUACGAAAUACACUAUUCCCAAGAGAUAGUUUGUAUGAUGUUAUUUCAUUUAUGUAUUUUAUAAUUGUUAACCCAUUUUAAAUAUUUAAAUACUUGUUUAUUAUUAUAAGUUGUAUUUAAAUAGUUUUUUUUUUGUAUUAUAACGUGAUACAUGCAUAUAUUAUGUUUUGCGAUUAAUAAUUACUAAAUUAUAUUCUUAGCAAACUGCCUUUUUACAGUAAGUAAAUAAUUAAAAAUGGCUUCCUUUUAUCAUUUGAUCCUUAGCCUGUGUUAUGAUUGCUAUGGCGUAUUAAGUGUAUAUAUAUUUUGCUUCUAUAGUUCUUGAAAUGUAACAAUCAUAGAUGCCAGACUUAAUACUAAUCAAUAUUAAAUUAUUUACUAAAUCUAAUUAUUUAACCAUAGUUGUUUUAUUGCGAGCUUUUAAUUUUCCAUGACAAAACUUGUGUAUUUUCAUAACAGCCCAUAACAAUUAUCAAAUUAAAAUAAAAUGGUAUUUAUAUAAAUCAAUACAAUUAUAUUGUAUAUGAAAUAUAUCAACUUAAAUAUAAAAAAAUAUAAAAAAAAAAAGAAUUAUGUAACUGAAAGCGUCAUCAAAUUCUAAAUAAAUAAAAAUAUUUUUAUAUGUUUGAAUAUGUUUUAUAUGUGACAAAUUAUUUUUGACUACCACCCAUUUGGAUAAACGUAUCUAUUUUGUGUAGAGUACUAAUCCAAUAAUGAAAUGUUUGUUACAAAUAACAAUGUAUUUUUUGAGUUAAAGUUUUUAACAAACGAAUUAUAAAUGGAGGGAACACUGAUAAAAAUAUAUAUUCAUAUUGAAUUCUGUAGGAGAAUUUUAUUACUUCCAUAAUCAGAAUUUAUCCAUGUUACUUUCUUUUUAAACAAUAAAAAUAAAACUCUAAAUAAAUAAACAUAUAAAAUUAAACACAGUGGCCUUAAAACGUUUUACCCUAGGAUAGAUGCUUGUGAUAAUGUUUGUCCCUGAAAAUAUUCUAGAUAUUGUUUUUCAUAUGUAGUGUUAGGCAAUUUUUAAAAUAGGAAAAUUUAUUAAAUAAUGAUUAAUAGAUACACAGAGCUGACAAUUUAUUUAAAAUAUAUUAAUUCAUUGUACAAGUUGGUUAAAAUAAUUAACAUUGUAAAUGUCUUAUUAUGUAAAUACUGAGUAUUAGCAGUACAUGUAAAAUUCAGAAUCAGCUACCGUACCGCACUUAGUUUUAAGAUUCAUACCUAUUUAUAAGUAAAAGAUCCCUCUGUUAUAUAUUUAUGUACAUUCUGGUUAUAUUUAUGUAUGAUAUAUAUAUAAUGUAAUGAUAUCAAAUAUCAAAAUACAAAAUAAAAUAAAAAUGUAUUUUGACCAUUAGUUCUGCACUAUAAUAUUGUAAAAUGUAAUGUUGGAAAUAACACAAUAAACAAACACAAGCAUUAUUUUACAUAUUUCACCUCACAAACACCAUGAAUCAUUUUCAUUACAUAGAUGCAGUAUACGAGGCAAUUCAAUCAUUGAAAGUCAAAUUGAUUAAAGCAAUUUUCAUUCUGGUGGAUAAAUUAUUCCUCGGACUAAUACAGUGGUAGAUGUUACAUACCAUAAUGCCUGAUUUAACACCGCUAUACAAAAAGUCUACGCUGAGACAACGCUACUGCACCAUGCCUUUGGACAACCUACUUGUUUAGUUGCCUUAAAUAUAUUUUGAGAGGAGGAAAAAGUACAAUAAAUUGUAAAUUGGAGACAAUAAUUUUAUUUACAUACUUACAAACCAGGAUGUCUCCGUAGAACCUGGAAAAUUCACACAAUUUCAUUUUUUUUAAACAUCAAGAAAUUUUCAACCAAGUCAAUGAAUUUGGCAACCAAUUUAUUACCAAGCAACAGCACCAAUUUAUUUUUUUCAUUGUUUAAUAUUGUUAAUAAUAAUAAAGAAUAAUUUUAACAUAAAAACAUUUCUUAUUAUUUUAUAAAACAAAUAAUUAUUUAAUAAUACUAAGAAGGUACACAAGACAUAAAAUUUCUUUAUAAAAAUUAUAAUUGAUAAAGAUAAUGUAGUAUUUGCACUUCAUUACAUAGGUCAGUGUUUCAUAAAGGUUAGAUAGAAUAGAAGAAUCAACUUUAUUCUAGGACAAAGUCCCUUAAUAAUAACAAUUUUGUACAUAAAAAUUAACAUUCCAUCUGGCCAAAAUACAUAUUACAAUAAAAAAAAUAACUAAAAACUAAGUGAUAGCAGAAGUAUUUAACUUAUUACAUUUACAUUACAGAACGUGACUAGACAUCUUUUCCAUGCUCAAAAAAGAAUGUAUAUUUAUAUACUAAUGAUAAAAGAGAAAAAUGCAAUUUUGUUACAUGAUAAAUGGCUACCCAGCUUCUGAUUGAAUUGUAAGGAGGAAUUGGAAUAGAAGGAUUUUAAAUAUGGAUAGGGAUGGUGCAUGGCGGAUUUUAAGUGGGAUGGAAUUCCAAAAGGUAGUGGAGCGGACAAUAAAGGAGUGUUGAAAGGAGGCACAUUUGUGGAAAGGGGUAUAAAGGUCAGAAGGACAAGAUCUUGUGAAGAGGGAGUGGAUAGAUGACUUGAAUUGAAGGAGAUUGAAUGCGUAGGACGGACGAUGAUUAUGGAUUAUUUAGUAGAGGAAUGUACCAAGAAAAUAUUGUCUUCUGAAGGAGGGGAAGAGCCACCCUAACUCGGCGUAGUAGUGAGAUACACGAGAACGUCUCGGGGUUGAUUUGACAAAUCUUACUAAGCCAUUCAUAAUUCUUUUCAAUCUGUCGCCAAGUUCCGAUGAGAGGCCACCGUACACUACGCAGCCGUAGUCCAGGUGGGGGAAGAUGAGGGCGGAUACUAGGAGUCUACGUGUGGACAUGGGUAGGAGAUGGCGGAAGCGAUGGAAGAGUUUCAGGUUGGAAAUUGAGCGGCGGGAUAUUUGGGAAAUAUGGUAGUUCCAGCAGAGGGUUUGAUCUAUGAAAAUACCUAAGUUUUUAACUGAAGAGUUGAAGGUGAUGGGUUGGUCAUUUAGGUAGAGGAGAGGAAUGUUGGUAUUGGAUCUGAGAAGGGGUUUGGAACCAAUGACAAUGGCUUGGGUUUUAGCAGCGUUUAACCUUAAUUUAUUUUCAUUUGCCCAGGCACAGAUUCGAUUUAGGUCUUCUUGUAUUUUGGCAAACGCAUCAUGCCACUCAGAGGGAGUGAAGGAGAGGUAAAUUUGGGAAUCAUCGGCAUAAAGGUGAUGGGAACAGUGAAGGAUUGAUUUAUGAAUAUCGUUAAUAUAUGAACUAAAAAGAAGAGGAGAUAUGCUAGAGCCAUGUGCCACUCCUGAGGAAGAUAAAGGUUGGUUAGGGACAGAGACUGCUUGGGUACCUUGAGAGAGAAAAGAUUGAAACCAAACGAUAGAGCUGUUGGAAAAGGAUAACGAUUUUAAUUUGGUGAAAAGGAUGGAAUGGUUAAUGGCAUCAAAGGCUUUGGAAAAGUCAAGGAGUACAAGGACAGUUAGUUUUUUGUCAUCUAUGGUGGACUGAACAUCACUAAUGAUUUUGAUUAGGGCGGACUGCGUGGAGUAACCUGGUCAAAAACCAGACUGGAAAGGAUCAAGUUGGUUGGACUGUUCGAGGAAGUUCGAGACUUGGGAUUGGACUAUUCGUUCCAGGGGUUUUGCAAGGUUAGAAAGGAUUGAGAUUGGACGGUAAUCUUCAGGGGAAGAAGGGUUAGAAUUUUUAAGUAAAGAUAACAGGGAAAUUGUACGGAAAUCAUUAGGGAUUGUGGGAUUAGAGAUUUUGUUCAGAGGACGAACAAGAGUGGUUUUCCAGGUGCUGGGAAAAGUGGAGCUUUGUAGUGAGAAAUUAUAGAUAUGAUAAAGGACUGGGAAAAUGGAUGGAAGUGAGGAUUUAAUUAAUUUAACUGGGAUAUUAUCUGGUCCGAAAUCUUUGAUUUGGGAUUUACAGAAAAGAAAGAUGAUUGGGAUUAAAGGGGGAUGUAUGAGGGGUGGAGCUGGUGCUUGAACAGAGAGAUCGGAUGAACAGGAGACAAAAUGAGUGUUGAGUAUGUCAGCUGAAAUAGAGGUAGUCUGGGUUUGGGUGGAUUUGCCUAAGGAUAAUUUACAGAGGAUUGCCCACAUAGCUUUGGAGUUUGGUGUGCUGGAUAAGGAUUGUUAGUAGUGCUGGGAUGUGUCACGGCGUAUCAUGGAUUGCGUACUGUCUCAAAGCAGCUUGAAAUUCAUAUAGUCUUUGGGGAGUCUAGUGCGCUUAAACUUUCAUCUUGCUGCGUCUCUUCGUUUGAUACAAUUUUUUAUCGCAGGCGUCAACCAAGGGGCUGGUGGGUACUUGAUUGUCCUGACUUUAAGAUGAGCAUGACGGUCUAGGAUAAUGUGCAGUUGAUUGGUUAAGGUUUCAACCAUAAAAUCAACGGAGUUAGAAAAGUAUAUGGAGUUAUUGGAUUAGGUCAAGAUCGGGCAUCAAAGUUUCGGAUGAUAAGAGAUUAAGGUUUCUGAAAGAUAUGGAUCGGGGACUAAAUAGCGGAACAGGAAGGUUAUAGGAGAUCUGUAUGAGAUCGUGAGCAGACAAAAACGGAACUGGGUGCUGUGAUGAGGCGAGGAGUUUAUCAGGAGAGUCAACAAUACAAAGAUCAAGCCAAGAGUCUGAGUAUUGGGUGUGAUGGGUAGGGUUGUACAGAACUAUAUACAGAUUGAGAGAGUAGAGGAGGUUUGAUAAAUAGGCUUGGUCGGAAGAAGGAAAUAAUAGGUUGGUAUUGAAAUCUCCGAAAAGAGCAAUAUUGGAGUAGGAAGGGCUCAGUGGUCUCAAGUGUUUCAUCAAAGGGGAUUCUAGGAGGUCGGUAGAUGAAACCAAUGAGCAACGAAUAUGAGGAGGUGGAUAUUUCAGUAAAAAGAUAUUCUAUAUGUGGGGAGACGGAAAGAGGAAACAAAGCAAGGAUUUUGGAUUUCAGGCUAUCAUGAACGAAAAUGACUACUCCGCCUCCGAUUCUAUUUUCUCUAUCAUGACAGAGUAGGGUAUAGUUAGGGAGUGAGACUUGAGAGGAUGUGACCCUGUGUUUUAACCAAGUUUCUGAGACAGCGAUUAGAUAGUAGAAGUUGUGGAGGAAGAAAUCUUGGAAUUCAUCUAUGUGGGCUAAAAGUGAUUGUGCAUUGACAUGACAGAAUAAUAAAACAUUAGCCAUAGGAGAUGGUAGAUUGGUAUAGAGAAUCGGUAGGAGGGGCGAGAGAUAUGGAAAUAAUUAGGUUGGAUUGAUCUGAGAAACACCGUGGAUGCUGAAACAUAAAUAGCAAAACUAUUGAAAAGUAGAAACUAGAAAAAAUAGGUAAAAGAAAUAAUCUAGAUAGUAUCCUAUAAUCAGUGGAGAUAAGAAACAAAAAAACAGUAGAUCCAUACAAACAGAAAACGAAAAUAUACUCUGGCGAACAAUGAGCAAUAAUACUAAUAAAAAUAAUAAUAAAAUAGGCUGCAAUAUACACAUAAACGAAAUUGAAAGAAAUAUUAAACUUAUAACAGUUAAGUAAAUAGAAGAAAGUUACUAGAAAAUGAGGUAGUAGGUUGAAAGAACGAGAGCAGAGAAGUCAAGGUCAGAAGGUUUUAUAGGUAUAAUAUGGAGAGGGUUUAGAUAGUUUUAGACAUAUCUGUUAAAACAUGAUCACUAACCUGUUAAAACAAAGCUCAUUCAUUUUAUUGCAUGAGCAGAUAUAGUCAGUAAAUCCAGAAUUUGAAGCGAAUUGGUGUUGGAAGUACUACUAAACUACUUUUCCUCAAUACAUUAUAAUUUAAAAUAUCUUUUAAUAAUAACAAUGAAAAUAUUGAAAGUAAUUAUAAUGUAUACAAGAAUGUAUAUUAACAAAAACUCUGUGCAGUAUUGGUAACUUAGGUGGAAGAAUAAAAGCUACUAAAUGACCUAAAACAUACAAUAACUCAUCUAUAACAAUUCUUUGGCAUCUCAUUAUCAAAUAAUGUGAGGGAUCACUAACUGUUUGAGUUUCCUUUAGAGUUAAUUCCUUAUGAUUUAAGUACAGAAAAAAAACUCAAAUACUAUUUAUUUGAAUACUGUUCUCAUACAGAUUAUUACAAUAAAAUUGUAAGCCUGCUCAACUGUAUAAGCAUAUAGUUUUAAUUUAUUAAAAUUAAAAAUAUGAGAAAGAAAAAAAUAUAAUUUAUACAUAUAUAUUCUUUACAUGGUAAUCCUACAAAGGUAUCAUUUAUUAUACAAGCUUCAUCUUUAAAAGUGUGACUACCACAUGAAUUAUUAAGGGUUCUAGAUACCCAGGAACAAAAUGAAAAGGAAGAGAAGUUCAAAAAUAAUUAAUUCUCUCAGUCAAAUUAAAAUUUGGAAAACAAUUUAAUUGAUAACUUUUUUAUUGUUUGAAAUUCAAAAAUGAUAUUAAACUAAAUAAUUAUAAAUGAAAUGACUAGAAAGAAGUUUCUGCGAGAGAAAAAAAUGUUUAUGGGUCGAGAUGAUGUAAGACCAACUGAUUCCAAUGGUCUUGUCAAUCAAGGUGUAGUUAAGCACUUGAUCAAACUCUAAAUUAAGUAUUGAAUUUAUUAAUAAGAUCAAAAAUAGAUUUAUUGAGCAAAAGUCAUUUGCAACUAAUUAAAAUAACAAAUCAGUAUUAAAAAAAUUACUCUUUUCAAUCACAGAUGGUAAGAGAAAAAAAAAAAUAUAUAUAUAGAUAUAUUGUUUAUUUAUUCAUAACAAAUCAUCUUUUUCUAGAAAAAAACAAACAAUUUUUAUAAAGGAAGGAGAUGGUCCAGUGUGGCGGUCAUAAAUAGACGAAAUAGUGGCAACACUAUUUUAUUAAAAGCCAGCGUUUCGACCCGGUUUUGCAGAUCUUCUUCAGGGAGGUAUGUUCAGAUAGGAGUUCCACUUAGAAAUGAACAGUUGU